AAAUCGCCCCCCUCAUCCCGCCCACCUUCUUGCAUCUGCCGCUCUUGUGAAACCGCGAGUCGCCAUGGACGACGAAGAGACGCGCGAGGAACGCGACGAGACCUUCCAUCCGGAUCUGAUCCGCGCGAUAUUCAAGCUCGUGUGGAGCCGGCGGACCGACAGGGACGUCGUCGUGGACGAGGCCGUAGACAUCGAGCCUGCUGCGGAGACGUCGAGGAGGAACAAGAGUACCUCUGCGAAUGCAAGUGCACUGCAAGUGAGCUGCGAACUUCUUCGGAUGUUUGUCGCAGAGGCUGUCCAGCGCUGUGCUAUUAUCGCUGAAGCAGAGGGGACGACCACAAUCGAGCCCACCCACCUGGAGCGAGUCUUGCCACAGCUUCUUCUGGACUUCUAGCUACCCUUCUUGGUACCUGUCUCGGACACACAGAUGGAUAGCCAAAUUGCCUCAAGCAAUCCAUAAUCUUGUACCGCAGUAACGAGAAUGUUGUUUGUGUAAGCUUCUCCAUGCUUGCUAAGUCACCCUAACAAACCAAACCAGUUUUUUUAAAUGGCACUGCUGCCCUGAUUCA